GACAACUUCAGUCACGCUGCCUUCUCUGCACUAAAUUUCUCUCUAUUUUCUCUGGAAAUUAAACAACAAAAGCCUCCAAUUUCUUUGUUUUCUCUCACCCCAAACACAUCAUCCCCACUAACAUCCUUUCCCGUUAAUUCUCUAAGCCGGAAGUCCGACGGCAAUUUCCGGCGAAAUUUAGAAUUCUCGACCUUUUGAAAAUGGCAUCCCCUGAAAACACUAAUUGGCUAAUCGAGUAUGGCUUGAUCGACGAUAUCCCUGUUCCGGAUGCGAAUUUCUCUGUCCCGGUUACCAGCUUCUCUUGGCCUGUGCAGAAUUCAAACGGUUCGUCUAUUGUCGGUGGGGAAAUUGAUGGACCAUUUGGAGAUUGUGACAAGGAGUCCAGCUGCAAGAAGAGGGGUAGGUCUGAAUCAUGUAGUGCUUCUAGCUCCAAAGCGAGUAGGGAGAAGUUGCGGAGAGACAGGCUAAAUGACAAAUUUGUGGAAUUGGGCUCCAUCUUGGAGCCUGGAAGACCUCCUAAAACAGACAAGGCUGCUAUUCUGAUUGAUGCUGUUCGAAUGGUGAGUCAGUUAAGAGGUGAAGCUCAGAAGCUGAAGGAAUCAAAUUCAAGUCUUCAAGAGAGGAUCAAAGAGUUGAAGGCUGAAAAGAAUGAGCUUCGAGAUGAGAAGCAGAGGCUGAAAGCAGAGAAGGAGAAGUUGGAGCAGCAGUUGAAAGCUGUGAAUGCACAACCUAGCUUCUUGCCUCCGCCAGCUGCAAUUCCUGCUACAUUUGCUACUCAAGGCCAAGCGCCUGGAAACAAGUUAGUACCUUUCAUUGGUUACCCAGGAGUUGCCAUGUGGCAAUUUAUGCCACCUGCUGCAGUGGAUACCUCUCAAGAUCAUGUGCUUCGGCCUCCUGUUGCUUAAGUUAGCCAAAUCUUGCAGCCUUCAAAUUAUUUUGUCAUUGUUCUUGUUUGUAUUAGAUUUUGUUGGGUCUUCUAACCGGACAUGGUGGGUGACUCAUACUAUUUGCAGUCUGGAUUUUCUAUGAAAUGUUGCUGGUGCUCACAUGUAAAUUUAAUAAUUUUAUUUAGCAAUAUGUUUUAAUCUAGCAUUCUCAAGGAUUUUUUA